AUGGGUAAAACUCAGAAGAAAAAUAGUAAAGGGCGUUUAGAUAGAUAUUAUUAUUUAGCCAAAGAAAAAGGUUAUAGAGCUCGUUCAUCUUUUAAAAUUAUACAAAUAAAUGAAAAAUUUGGUCAUUUUUUGGAGAAAUCAAAAGUAGUUAUAGAUUUAUGUGCAGCUCCUGGUUCUUGGUGUCAAGUUGCUUCACAAUUAUGUCCAAUAAAUUCUUUAAUCAUUGGUGUUGAUAUUGUUCCAAUAAAACCUUUACCAAAUUGUAUAACAUUUCAAAGUGAUAUUACAACAGAAGAUUGUAGAAGUAAAUUAAGAGGUCAUAUGAAAACUUGGAAAGCAGAUACUGUUUUACAUGAUGGUGCUCCAAAUGUUGGUUUAGGUUGGGUACAAGAUGCUUUUACACAAUCUCAAUUAACUUUACAAGCUUUAAAAUUAGCUGUUGAAAAUUUAACAGUUGGUGGAACAUUUGUUACAAAAAUUUUCAGAUCAAGAGAUUAUAAUAAUUUAAUGUGGGUGUUUCAACAAUUAUUUGAUAAAGUAGAAGCAACAAAACCUCCAAGUUCAAGAAAUGUUUCUGCAGAAAUUUUUGUUGUUUGUAAAGGGUUCAAAGCUCCUAAAAAAUUAGAUCCAAGAUUAUUAGAUCCAAGGGAAGUAUUUGAAGAAUUAAACGAUCCCAAAAAUAAUACCAAUAAUGAAGAAAAGAUUUUCAAUCCUGAAAAGAAAAGAAGACAAAGACAAGGUUAUGAAGAAGGUGAUUAUACUUUAUAUCAUACAAUGCCGAUAUUACAAUUUAUAAAAGAUGAAGAUCCAAUAAAUCAAUUAGGUCAAUUAAAUAAAUUUGAUAUAGAUGAAGAUGAUCAUGAAUGGAAAAUUAUAAAGAAAUUAAAGACAUAUAAUCUGGAGUUAGUUGAGUGUUUAAAAGAUUUAAAAGUUUUAGGUAGAAAAGAAUUCAAGCAAAUAUUGAGAUUUAGAAAACAAGCAAGAGAUCUUUUAGGUAUAGACAAAGAAGAAGAAAAACCAGAUAUAGAAAUUGAAGAAUUGACUGAAGAACAAAAAAUAGAUAAAGAAUUAUCAUCAAUGUUGGAUAAACAAAAACAAAAAUCAAAAAGAGCUAAAAAGACAGCAAAUGAAUUAAAACAAAAGGAAAUUGUACGAAAUCAAAUGCAAAUGGUAACUGAUAUGAAUAUAGGUAUAGAUGCUGCACAGAUUGGUGCUGACUCAUUAUUUAAUUUAAAAACUGCUGAUAAAACUGGUAAAUUAAAUAAACUAGCUGCAGGUAAAAAGUCUUAUGUGUUUAAUGAUGAAGAUAUUGCAAAAGAUACAGAAAUUCAUAUUGAUGAAGAUGCAGAAAUUGAAAGUGAAGAUGAAAUAGAUGAACUAGAAGCUCAAUUGGAUGAUAUGUACGAACAAUAUCAAAAUAGAAGAGCCGAAAAAGAUGCAAAAUAUAAAGCAAAACUAAAUAGAGGUGAUGAUCAAGAAGCGUGGGAUGGUAUAGAAGAAGAAGAGGAAAACAGUGAUGAUGAAGGUGAUGAUUAUCAAAGAGAUGACGAGAGUUCAUCAGAUGAAGAUGAUGAUGAACAUAUAAAAUUAAUUGCGCAAGGUCAAACAAAUGGAUCAUUAACUAAAUCAGCAAGAUCUUUUUUCAAUUCAGACUCAAUUUUCAAAGAAUUGGCUGAUGAUGAAUUAAUAGAAGAAUCAAAUCCAAAACUUCCAAAACAAGACGUAUCAUCAAUAAAUCAAACUUCAAAUCAAAUUUCAAAUUCAACAAAUUCAGAUUCAGAAAUGGACUCAGAAGAAUCAGAUUUUGAAAUAGUGAAAAAUGAAGAAACAGAAGAUGAAGAUAUGGAUAGUGAUUCUGAAUUUAUGAACCAAUCGAAAAAUUCAAACAAAGAACAACUAGAUAUCACCACAGCUGAAGCAAUGACAUUAGCACAUCAAGUAGCAUUGGGUCAAUUAAAUAAAAAGGAUCUUAUUGAAGAAGGUAUAAAUAGAUAUUCAUUUAGAGAUAAAGAUAAUUUACCAGAAUGGUUUUUAGAUGAUGAAAAAAGACACAGUAAGUUAAUAAAACCUAUAACAAAAGAAGCAAGUUUAGCAAUAAAAGAAAAAAUGAAACAAUUAAAUGCAAGACCAAUUAAAAAAGUAUUAGAAGCAAAAGGUCGUAAAAAAAUGAGAGCUCUUAAAAGAUUAGAAAAACUUAAAAAAAAAUCAGAUUUAAUUAAUGAAGAUUCUUCAAAAUCUGAAUAUGAUAAAGCUUCAGAAAUUUCAAAAUUAAUGUCAAAGGCUAAAAAUUCAGGAAAAGAUAAACAACGUAAAAAAAUGACCGUUGUUGUUGCAAGAGGUUCAAAUAGAGGUUUGAGUGGUAGACCAAAGGGAGUUAAGGGUAAAUAUAAGAUGGUUGAUGGUGUUAUGAAGAAUGAACAAAGAGCAUUAAAAAGAAUUGCUAAAAAGCAUAAAAAGUAG